AUGGUUGUUUGUUUCCAGGCGUUGUUGUCAACAUGUGUGUCGGAACCAGCAGUGGAACCGUCGCCAGAUAAUAAUCAAGCAGAGUCUGAAGAACCACCAGAAGGAUAUUACGCCUUCGUUGAGUCUCCAAACGCGACGCCUCCAAGAGUCCGUCCUCCUCCGUAUCAACAAGUGUCAUCAGAAUGUGCGGCCGUGAGCGACCGCGCCCACGUGAGCGCCAACAACCUGUGCGGAGACCUCAACAGAGGAGUGAUACCCAGGAAUCCUAUGGGGCAGAGUCCUAAUGGAGAGCCUUAUCCAUUUGAGUUAAUUCGUAACCACACUCUUCGCUUCCUGUCCCGCACCCUGCCCGUACUAAGGGCUGAUGACGCUCUGCCCCGAGUGGCGCAUGUAUCACAAACACUCACUCCUGAACAACUCACAGAGGUCAACCAUAAUAGUCUAGAGGAUCGUAUGAAGCGCUCAGUGUCGCCAGAGGUCGCUGUGAGUUCUCUCCGAGCUGAACAUCGCUCCGCUGACUCAACCUUACCUGAAGAGGACCAGCCUCGGGAGAGCCGCAAGUUCUGUGACGGAGGAGGAGUGUUUUGCAUGUUAUAUCGAGCUAUUAACGGUGACAGUGCGGGUCCCGAGCGAAGAGAAGAUCCUGGAGUAACGCCUCACUCUCCACAUCCACCUCCCCAUAGAUACGAGGGUCCGCCAACUCCCUGUCCAGCACGAGUUGAAUACGCAACUCCAGUGUUUGCUAGAAACUAUCAAGGAGUAUGGCGAUACGUCGUACAGAUACCCUAUGAAGGAUAUUUCACACAAACUGUUGAAGUUACAAGAUGUAUGCAAUCUCGUUGUCACUACCUGGAGGGAGGUUGUCUGUCGUCACCUCGUUGGUUGUCUCUGUUGGUUGCUGAACUUCAUUACCCUCCAACAGACUCACACACAACACACGCCAACCGACCGGAAUACAAUCAGUUUCCUCCAAAGCAGGAAAGUGAAAGUAGUUCAGAGAAACCUCAGCAUUGUGAUGGACACGACGCUCUUGGAUGCUAUCAGGUCCGUUUAUAUUACGACUGGUUCCUCGUCCCUGGCUCGUGUAAGUGUUGGCGCCCGGAUUACUUCGCUCGUUACGUGAGACGCAACAGACAUGAGCUAUAG